GGAUAUUUAAGAUAACUAGGUGGAUUUGAGUAAGAUUGUUGAUUAGCAAAAAUUGAAUAACAAAAACAUUCAAUUAGUUACAGUUGCUUUUGAACAAAUAAGCUAUUAUUAAAUAUUUAUAUAUAUUACUCAUACAUGAUUAUGCGAUAAUAUAAAUAAUAUAGGCACAAGAUGGCUCAACUGAUAAAACAAGGGCAGGAUAAGCACCUGAAAUUUGCUUUGGAUCAACCAGAGGAAGUUCUAGUCGAAUUUUGUAAACUAGCCAUUGAGUACAUUAGCAAUGGAAUUAACGAAAAGAAGUGCACGAUAGCAGCAAAAAAACUUGAGACAACGUUUGACACCAUCAAAUCCUGCAUCGAAGCAUUAGUUUGCCUGCUCAUCGAUUGCACCAAGAUGCACAUCAGUGAGCAAGACUUUCAAACAUUGAAAACUAUCGACUUCACUGAGAGUCAAAUCGAUAUCCUCUGGCAGUUCGUAAGCAGCAAACGUAAACUGGUUGAGAAUAUUUUGAAGAAUUCGCCCGACAGCGAGUUGCAUUUCCGCGAUCUGGAAUGGCGUCUAGAAGCUAAGGUUGCCAGCAGAGUGUUACACCAGCAGGCUACGCCAAUAAUAGCGAUGAAACUGCAUCUGGACAGUGAGGUCGUUAACGAACAUAAGGAAAAACUUUCGCAGGAGCCGAACGGAACGGGUGAUUUGAGCACGCGAAGGGAAAUCCUUUUGCAAACGGAUCCAACCAGUCUCGUUCACUUGAUUCAGGUUCUUGAGCAGGCUUUGAUAGAUUCUAAAACGCACAGAGUCAGAAAUUUUGUAAAAUCAUUUCAAAAGUAAAUCAUUCCAGUAUUGAAUCUAUAUAUUUCAAAUAAAUUUGGUUUUAACAUUUAA